GGCACCACAAACUGCCCUCGCUGCUCUCUUCCUUCCUCCUCGUUUAAACGCUCUCCCCGUCCUUCCCUCAUUUAAUUACUGCCCUUUCUCUCUCUGAAAGGAGGAAGAAGGAGUCCUUCCGAAUGCUCUCUGCCAAUUCGAACUCCGGAAAGCGACUCCUUUCCUCGUCUCGUCCGUUCUUCUGCCCUCACCCAUCCCUUCUGCAGCCCUCGCUAGGUUCUGUUGAGUGCAGGUUUGAACUGUGUUCUCCGAGUGGCUGGCUGACUGAGAUUAAUGGAGUUCGGGUGGAAGCAGGAAAGAUGAGAUCUUUGGAAUCGAGGAGGAGAAUGGAAAGAUUCCAUUUGUUCCUGCUGAAAUUGCAUGCUGGCGAACUUCCUAUCCGAAGCCUAGUUUGAAUGUGAUAGGAGGCGCAGAAAGAGCCACGGACUUUGUUAGAUCUGUCCACGGCUCGUCUGAAACCCUAGCCAUGGUGGCGGAGCCCUGGAUUAACAAGAUGCGGACUUCCGUCGCCGCCGCCAAGAGAAAGAAGAAGAAUGACGGCUCAAAUCCGUCGCCUUCCGCCGCCACCGUUGGGAUACUCUCCUUCGAGGUCGCCAGCGCCAUGUCGCGCGCCAUCAGCCUAUACCGCUCCCUUUCCGAAUCUGAGAUGGCCAAGUUCCGUUCCCAGACCCUCGCCUCCCACGGCGUCCGCCACCUCGUCUCCACCGACGAACCCUUGCUUCUGUCCCUCGCCCUCGCCGAGAUGCUGGACGACCUCAACGGCGUUGCUGCCGUCGCCUCUCGCAUGGGCCGCCGGUGCUCCCACCCGGCCCUCGUCGGCUUCGAGCACGUCUACUCCGACCUCCUUGCCGGCCGAAUCGACCCUUCCCGACUCGGCUUCCUCUCCAAGGACAUGGAUGGCACUAUCCGGAAGAUGGAGCGCUUUGUCUCCGCCACCGCAGCGCUCUAUGCCGAGUUGGAGGUCCUCACGGAGCUAGAGCAUGCUGCCAAGAAGCUCCACCAAAACCCAGUCCACGAUGAGAGCCGACGGGCCUUUGACCAGAAGAUCGAGUGGCACCGCCAAGACAUCAAGCACCUACGCGAAUCUUCCCUUUGGAACCAGGUUUACGACAAGGUCGUCCUCCUCCUUGCCCGAGCUGUCUGCACCAUUCAUUCCCGGAUAUGCCUGGUGUUUGGGGAGACAAUUAGCAGCUUGGAUAGCCUAGUUGCUGAUCAACGUUGUCAGCUUUCGGAGCAAAUCAUUAAUUCAGUUCAUCACCCAAUUCAUUCAGGGUCCCUAAGAUCAGGUUCUAUAGAUGGCAAGUCCGAUCAGAUUCCUAAGGUAGCUUCUGAUGCUUUUACUGAUGUGAAUUUCCGGAGGGCGGAGGGCCUCCGAUUCCAUUGUGGGGCAAGUCCCGGUAGGCUUUUCAUGGAGUGCCUCAGCUUAGGCAGCUCUGCUUUAUUAAAAGAGGGCAAUGACAAAUUCGAGAAUGAGAGCCGCAUCAGUCGUCCUGCAUCUGGUCCUUUAGUUCCAUUUAGUGGUCAAGUAACACAGGACAUGAGUGGCAAGAGAUCAAAACUUGGACCAAUUAGUAAGCUUACGAUGCUCGCCUCACCCUCCACGGUGGGUGGUUCAGCUCUUGCAUUGCAUUAUGCAAAUAUCAUAAUCAUCAUAGAGAAGUUACUGAAGCAUCCGCAUCUGGUCGGGGAGGAUGCAAGAGAUGACCUAUACCAGAUGUUGCCCUCAAGCUUAAGGGCAGGUCUCAGAAAGAGUCUCAAGUCAUAUGUGAAGAAUCUAGCUAUUUAUGAUGCGCCACUUGCACAUGAUUGGAAGGAAGCGCUUGAUAAGAUUUUGAGCUGGCUUUCACCAAUGGCUUAUGAGAUGAUACGUUGGCAGACCGAACGGAACUUCGAGCAACAGCAAAUUAUAUCGAGGGCAAAUCUUCUGCUGCUUCAAACUUUAUAUUUUGCUGACAGGGAGAAGACAGAGGUAGCUAUUUGUGAGCUUCUGGUAGGGUUGAAUUACAUUUGCCGGUAUGAACAGCAGCGAAAUGCUUUGUUGGAUUGUACUAGUAGUUUGGACUUUGAUGAUUGUAUGGAUUGGCAUAUGCAAUACAUAUCUUAGCUUCGCUUGUAAUUUAUUCAAAUUUAAAUAAAGAUUUGGUGUUCUUUUUUCC